CUUUUGUGCCGGAGAAUAUUUAAACAAUGGAUAAAGUUGUCGCAGAACUUGCACAAACGGUGUUGUCUCUAAGUAAACAGGUGAAGUCAAAUUUAGUGGCAGUGGCAGAGGAAUGGGAAGAUAUUAAAAGAAACACAGCUGGCCAAGAUCAAACCAAUAAAGAUGCAGUGACCGUGUCAAGAAAAGACUUGACUGCUUUAAAAAGACAGGUUAGAAUGCUCCAACAAAACCUGCCCAAAGUUUUGGACAAUGAUUUCAAGUCAGCAUAUUCGCAGCUUGCAGUAGCAGAAGAAGACAUGAAUACUUUGAGAACAGAGAAUGAGGAGGCACAUGCAGAGAGACAACACUGGCAAGCCAGGUAUGAAACCCUGCUAGCAGAGUGUGAGUUAGAGAAACAGGAAAAGUUUAAGCUUCACCAGGAGAUCCAGGCACUGACAGCAGAGCUCAGUCAACAGUCUGAAUACUGUGCAGGGAUGGGGUCUGCUGCUUGUACCCUGCUAUGGAGGGUAUCACAGUGUGAGGAGAGUAUUCAGUCUAUACUGGCUGGGAGCAAGAGCCAGGAAUUCCUGGACAUGGCGUGUACCACUCUGGACAGUUUCCUGGCUACUUACAGAGAAGAUAUCCCCCAGGGACAGACAGAGGAAGUCCACUUUGUGUGUGCCUUGUGUGGAAUUAUUACAAACAUCACAGCGUCGUCUUAUGGGCGUGAGUUCCUGAUAUCUAAGAAGCAAGAUGUGGUGGAUACAUUUGUGAAUGUGUUAUCAGAGGCUCCAAAUAAAUACAUCUGGACUAGGAUUAAAAACCUGAUGCUAAUGACACUGUAUAACAUCAGCAUCAAUGAAAAAGGACUAAAGUACCUCAGCAACAAGACUGGCUUAAUGGGACUAUUGGCAUGGUUGCUCAGAGACGAGAGAGAGACGGAGAACCAAGUGAACGCUCUGCGUGUCAUCCAGUCCCUGACCUGUGACAAGAAGAACAUCAGGGUCCUGAAUGAAGCCAGAGAUAUGUUGUCACUAGAAUAUCUUCAGGAGUGUGCAGCUGCAAAGAACACAGUUUUACGAAUACUGAGUGCAGAAGUCAUGGCAGAUUUAUAUCAGUGAUUUUAUAUUGAGAAUUCGGAAGUCAUGGCAGAUUCAUACCAUUGAUUUUAUAUCGAAAAUUCAAAAGUCACGGCAGAUUUAUAUCAAUGAUUUUAUACCCAGAAGUCAUCGGGGAUUUAGACCAGUGAUUUCAUUGCCAGAAUUCGGAAGUCAUGGGGCAUUUAUAUUAGUGACUAUCUAACCAGAACUCAGAAGUUGCGAUGGAUUUGUAUCAGUGAUUUACAAUGGAAAAGUAUUAGUGCAACCAAUUGAGUCCACCAGGAAUUGCGAACAUUUAGUCUGUUGACUACUUUGGUACAUGUACAAAUGUUCUUAAAAGAAUAAAUUACAUUUAAAGUCAUAAUAUUUGGUAGUGAGUUUAG